AUGCCAUCAAGCAAGCCGGUAUACUACUAUAAAAAUAAGAAGGGUAAAAUUGAAACCAUAUCCGAUACCGCAAAUACCGAUGAACGGGCGCGCCGGCGCAACCAGUUGGCAGACAUCAAAACGUUUCUUGACCAGUUGAACCAUUACCUUCUCACACCCGAGGACCUGAUGGGAUGUCAACGACAUGAACGAAUGUCUCUAGAAGAGGACCCAAAGCCUCUCUACUUUACACCUUACGAAGGCCCUAUCGAGGAGACUGAGAACGAUGUCCUGCUUGGCUACUAUGCAAAAUGCGAACCAGAUGACGGUCAUUACACACGUGCAUAUUGUUUGGUGCACGCCAUCGAGAGUUAG